CGUUGUAUUGACCGCCUCUGAUGUUGCGGUUGAUGGGUUCUGUGUUAAUCGGUGUGGAACUCACGGGGCUUCUAAGGGUGCUGUGAUUAAGGGGAAAACUUAUAAAUUUGCUUAUAUUUGGGUGGGUAACUCAGAGACUCUGUGUCCUGGCUACUGCGCCUGGCCAUUCCACCAGCCCAUCUACGGACCACAGACCCCACCAUUGGGUGCACCAAACAACGAUGUGGGUGUUGACGGUAUGGUGAUCAACUUAGCUAGCUUAUUAGCUGGAACCGCUACAAACCCAUUUGGAAACGGUUACUACCAGGGCGAAGCAGAUGCGCCAUUGGAAGCUGCAUCUGCAUGCCCUGGUGUGUACGCUAAGGGCGCAUACCCAGGCUAUCCCGGAGAUUUAUUGGUGGACAAAACUACAGGAGCAAGCUACAAUGCGCAUGGUACAAAUGGAAGGAAAUACUUGGUUCCUGCUUUGUAUGAUCCUGUUACAUUUACAUGCACCACUUUGGUCUAGAAAAUUAGUGCACUAAUUUUGUAACUAUUGAUUCAUUCAUUCAUUGUUCUGUUAUGCAAUAUCCGAAUAUUUACAAUCACAAGAGUAUAAUACUAUAUUAAUCAAUAUCCAA